GAGGAUGUGAUGACACCAUCCCCCACGCAGAGGGAGCUCAGGGCUUUUAAAAAGCUGGAGGAAACAUCCUCUGAGCAAGCCGUGGCCCUGGUGGUAGUAGAGCACAACCCAGGACAAACAUAAAAGAAGCCAAACUGUCUGCUUCAAAGAGAAGAGGUGACAUCCUGCUGCAGAGUAUGCACUGGCAAAAAUCAUCUGCUCCUGAGCAGGCACCACCGCCGCCCCGGCCAUACCAAGGUGUCCGUGUGAAGGAGCCAGUGAAAGAACUGCUGAGGAGGAAGCGUGGCCUUGCCAGCAGCGGGCUCACAGUGGCCGCAACCACGGUGGUGUUGCCCCAUCAACCCCUUGCAACCUCCUAUGCCACAAUGGGGCCAUCUUGCCUGGACAUGGAGGUCCCUGCAUCCACAGUGACCGAAGAAGGGGCCCUGUGCACAGGCUGGCUCUCCCAGCCUGCUCCUGCUACCCUUCAGCCCCUGACACCGUGGACACCUUAUCCUGAGUACAUGCCGCAUGAAGGUGUCAGCGGCCCUUACUCUACUGAUAUGUUUGUGCAGCCCGUGUGUCCCAGCUACACGGUGGUUGGACCCUCAUCAGUGCUGACAUAUGCCUCCCAGCCACUCAUCACCAACUUCACGACCAGGAAUGCCAUGCCAGCAGGUGGGCCUCAGCUGGAGGGAACAGAGCACCAAGCACCUCUGACUUACUUCUCAUGGCCUCAGCCCAUUUCAGCUCUGCCCACUUCUACCCUGCAGUACCAGCCCCCAGCCCCUACACUGCCUGGGCCACAGUUUGUACCACUCCCCAUCUCCAUCCCAGAGCCAGUCCCUCAGGACCUGGAAGAUACAAGGAGGGCAAUCAAUACUCUGCCCAUAGAGAAACUACUGCUAGAAGAAGAAGAAAGUGAUACAUACGUGAUGAAUCACACUCUGUCUGUGGAAGGGUUUUAAUAUCUGGUGUUUGGUUUAUUCCUGUCUAAUCACUGAACGCAGGUCUUGUGAAUACACAGGGAUUCAGUUUGA